UCCUAGUGCUGUUAUUGGAAGUUCCUAUCGAGUYUGUUGACAGAUGUCGGCGAUUGAUUUAUAGUUAUCAUAUAGUUUGGUGAAWWAUGUGGAGUGUUCUUAUCGCGUUGACAAAUGUGGAAAAAAGUUUUUAGUUUCUCCUGUACCGCUGUGCCGCUCUAUGAAUCGAAUCUACAUAUAUGCAGAUGAAGUGAUGCUGUGCUAUUUAUAAAGCCGCCUUAAUCUUAAUGGAUUUUUAUACCGUCUACCUAUACACAUCUAUAUUUUCAGCCUGCGCUCGCUUUCCAAAAUGUUCUGAAAGAAAACUAAAAAUUAAUUAAUGGCUUGUUAUUUUUAAAAGACAAAAAAAAAAAAGAAAGGAAAAGCUGGGAAAUCAAGUUUCGAGUGUGCAAAGGUGGCAAACAAAAUAGUUUCGAUCGAACACAUCUACAUAUAUAAUACUAGAUUAUAAUCCGAGGCGUCAAAAUGCCGCGAGCACAUUUUGCUUUAUGUCUGCUCGGCUGCAUUGCACUCUCUGGAGUUGCGCACGCUGUCUAUGAGGACUGCAAGACGCCGCCGCCGGUGGAUCAUGCUCGGGCUGAGCUGUACGAGGACGGGGACAUCAACACGGCCGUUUACAGCUGCUCUAGAGGCUAUGUGAUUGAGGGCCCCACUGAGCUGAUUUGCAAUGUGACAACGGAGGAGUGGCAGGGCGAUCCGCCCUACUGCUCGCCAAUAUUCCACGAUGACGAAUACUACGACGAAUACGAAACGAUCGAUGAGAAGGAUCUGGAAAACGAUUCAGCUGAGGGUGAGGAUCCCGUGGCGCCACCACCGCCACCGCCACCAGUAGAGAAGGCGGAGCAAGAGCAGCUAGAGGAGCUGGAGGCGAUAGAUGAGGACGACGAGGAUGAGGAGGACGAGGAGGCAUCAUUGACGCCGCAACGGCAACCUCAGCCAUUGGCUGAAGUGGAGGCCAUUGGUGAGUCAACGGCUCCUGCCCAAGCCCCAGCUGGACUCGAGCCAACAAUUGUGGUGCACGUGGACGAGCCACAGCCAGAAGAAGCGGUGCAACCAGAGCCAGAGCUGCAGGCAGAGCCAAAAGCAGAAGUUCAUCCUGUUGCCGGAGGUGCUGCUCCUGUUACCGAUAUCAAUAUUGUCGUAGAGCCUACGGAGGAUCCCUUCACACCACGUCUCCUGGACGAGAACUGCGGCGAGGAUCGCGGAGGCUGUGCCCACAAGUGUGAGCGCCUGCUCUUCCCUGGCGAGAACGAGCCAAGACUGAAGUGCAGCUGCAACGAGGGCUACACGCUGGAUCCCCAGGAUUAUGCAACCUGUCAUGACAUCGAUGAGUGCUUGGAGUCGAAUGGCGGCUGUACCGAGAUCUGCAAUAAUCUGCCCGGCACGCAUGAGUGCGCCUGCAGGAAGGGCUACCAGAUCAAAGAGUCCGACGGCAGCUGCGAGGAUAUCGACGAGUGCGCACAGCCGGAGGUGAAGGCGGAGUGCAAUAAUGCCUGUGAGAAUACGCCGGGCUCCUAUCGCUGUGUUAUACCCCUGGACACCAAGCAGGAGGCUCAGGAGGCUGUGGAGGAGCCAGAGGAGACGGAGCAGGGCAAGCCUGUUGAGGAGCCAGCUGUGCAGAAGCCCAGCUGCAAUGCAGGAUUCGUGCUCUCGCAGGAUGGCAAGGAGUGCCAGGACAUCAAUGAGUGCGAGAUCGUCGUGGAGGACAAUGAGAACGCGGAUCAUGUGCCGCAUCGCAUCUGCCAGCAGCUGUGCGAGAAUACGAUUGGCUCCUAUCGCUGCAGCUGCCGCGAGGGCUUCCACCUGCAGGAGGACGGCAGCAGCUGCGUGCGCGAUGGCUGCGACGACUUGGACAAUCCGCAGCUGAGUCGCAGGCGCUGUGCCCAUGAGUGCGAGGAUCUGCCCAGUGGCGGCUACGCUUGCCGCUGCCCCGAUGGCUAUAGGCUGGCCGAGGAUCUGCACAGCUGCGAGGUGCUGGAGACGGUGUGCAGCCGGGAGCAGGGGCACGAGCGCUGCCGGCCGGGCAGCUGCGUGGCCAACGAGGCCAACGGCACCUUCAGCUGCCUCUGYCCGCCGGGCUAUGCCAGCGACGUGUWCAGCUGCCAGGAUCUGGACGAGUGUGCCCUGGGCACGCACAAGUGCAGCCACGACUGCUUCAACACGGCCGGCGGCUAUCAGUGCCUGUGCCCGCGCGGCAUGUCGCUGCAGGAGCCGGAGGGCCAUACCUGCGUGGCGCCCGACCCCUGCGCCUUCAACAACAACGGCUGCGAGCAGCUCUGCCUGAGCGCCGACGGCGGCGCCUGCACCUGCAGCAAGGGCUACGUCCUCAGCGCCGACCAGAAGAGCUGCCAGGAUGUGGACGAGUGCGCCGUSAACAAUGGCAACUGCCAGCAGCUCUGCCGCAACCUGCCAGGUGCGUAUGAGUGUGUGUGUGCCGCCGGCUACGAGCCCCUCCAGGCGGAGGGCCUCGUUGGCUACUGCUUCGACAUUGACGAAUGCGCCAGCAACACGCACAGCUGCGCCUCGAGCAUGCGUUGCGAGAACCUCAAUGGCUCCUACACCUGCCUCUGCGAGCCAGGCUAUGCCUUGGGCAUCCCAGCUCAAUCAUCAUUAACAACUACAUCUGCAUCAUCAUCUGCAUCAAUUGCUUUGCCCGCUUGCUUGGACAUUGACGAGUGCUCCAUGUCCAAUGCCAACUGCUCGCAUUUCUGCAUCAAUCUGCCGGGCAGCUUUCAGUGCGCCUGUCCUCUGGGCUUCAGCCUGGCGGCGGAUGGCCGCAGCUGCCAGGAUGACGACGAGUGCCAGCUGGAGAAUGGACA